GGGGGGGGAUGGUAGCACGGAAUCUGGUGUCCGUCCCGUAGGCCUCCACUUCCCCGUUUCGUUAAACCGGAUAACACCUAGAUAAUCCGACGCAUUACGGAUACGGCAUUAGCAUCCCAUCCCAUCCCACCCCACCAACUUGGCUGUCCCCACACACACUGCUUCCUUCGUCAGGCCCUUGCCACGCUGCGCGGCGCCCUCACCUGAUCGCCGUCGCCUUCCUCCUCCCUCCACGCCGCUUCGGCCCUCACCCUCGUUGAACUCGCGCGCGGAACGGUUCCCUCCCUCGUGUUCCGCUCCGGCUCCAGCUCCGUUUCCGCUUCACCUGCUCUUUCCCUCGGCUCGAGCAAGGGAGAUUUGGUUUAGGGCCGCCGGGCUGGGCACGAGCGAGAGACGGGCGUCAGGCAUGCCGGGAGGGGAGGACGUCCGUAAGGUCUCGCGCCAGGACAUACAGCUUGUCCAGAAUCUCAUUGAACGUUGCCUUCAGCUAUAUAUGAACCAGAAAGAAGUGGUGGACACCCUAUCUUUCCAGGCAAAAAUAGAACCUAGUUUCACUGAGCUUGUCUGGCAGAAGCUCGAGGAAGAGAAUCGUGAUUUUUUCAAGGCAUACUAUGUAAGGCUGAUGCUUAUGAAUCAAAUAACGGCCUUCAAUAAGCUCCUUGAGCAGCAGUAUGAGAUUAUGACUAAAGAUCAUCCUUCUGGGAUGCCAUCUGUACCUCCUGCUGCUCCUAAUGGCUCAAACUCUAACACAUUGAACCAAAACAUGCCCUUUCUGCCUGACACUAUCCCCAGUACUGCACUGCAAGAUAACUCGUUGCGCAAUGGAGGUUCUAGUAGUAUAGUUAAUGGUGCUCCAUCCGAUGACCAAUUUAUGUAUACUGGUAAAGUUGUUCAUGGCCUUCCUGGUGGCAUGGAUGCUUCAUCAAGCCUGCUAACAGCACACAAUCCUGCUGUUGGGCAGUUUAAUGGACACAAUGGAGCAACAAUAAAGACAGAAUUUGGCUACUCAAGCAACUCAGAUUUUGGAUUCAGCAAUGAGGCCGUGUUCCUAGAGCAGUCAGUUGGAGAUGUAUCAGGUGCAUCCUUUAGCAGCUCUGAGUUGAAUGGACAACCACUAGGUGGUCCAAUUUUGGACACGGAUUCAUCUUCAUAUGGUUUCUUGAGCCAGAUUCCUCGUAAUUUCAGCUUUUCAGAUUUGACAGAGGAUUUCAGCCAAAGCGCAGAAAUAUUAGAGAAUUAUGGUCGAUCCCCUUUCAUCCCUUCCGAUGCAAAUAACUUCCCAGAAUCUACUGCUGGAGAACAUACUGAAAUAGGAAAUAGGCGGCUAGAUACAAUAUCUGAGGGCAUUCAUUUUGAAGAUUUUGGAAGUGAUUAAUGAAACCUUUGAUGACACUGCACAUGGUUGAGGAGUGAUCCAUUUGUACAGACUAUUUUGGGCAGCUAAAUAUCUACAAUUGUGGUCGUGGAACUAGCUGAUUUGGUGGCCACUGUUUCUUCUUCCGUGUUAGGUUUUGUGCUCUUAGAGUAGAAGCAUGGAUGGCUUAUUAUUAUGAUCAAAUAAUCCGUAUUGAAGGGUGGCCCAAACAAUCCGUCUUCUUUGUAUCUUCUCUGAGGGUGAUGUGGUAGCAAAUGUAUUCGUUCAGUUGGCUAUAGUGGAAGCUUUACGAUUAUGUCAAAGUUCUCCUUUCUGCCCCCCUGUUGCACAAGGUUACGUCUGCAGUUUUUCUUGUUUGUCGCAUUUCCUGGUUCCGUUUUGGUUGCGUUUCCUGACUCAGAUCAGUACAUAUCUGCAUGAUCUGCGACCAUUUGUAUUUAACUAUUUGUAUGAUCUAUGGCCAUAGAAUUAAUCAACUAUUGUUUAGCGGAA